AUGAGGGUUGAAAAUGAAUAUGGCAGCUACUUCACCUGUGAUUAUGACUACCUGCGGUUCCUGCAGAAGCUCUUCCACUACCACCUGGGCACUGACGUGCUCCUGUUCACCACUGACGGGGCACAUGAGACAUUCCUGCAGUGCGGGGCGCUGCAGGGGCUCUAUGCCACAGUGGACUUCGGACCAGGUGCCAACAUCACCGCUGCUUUCGGAAUCCAGAGAAAGAGUGAGCCCAGAGGGCCGUUGGUGAAUUCUGAAUUCUAUACUGGCUGGUUAGACCAUUGGGGCCAACCUCACUCAACAGUGAGGACUGAAGUGGUGGCUUCCUCCCUCCACGAUAUACUUGCCCGUGGGGCGAAUGUGAACUUGUACAUGUUUAUAGGUGGAACCAAUUUUGCCUAUUGGAAUGGGGCCAACAUGCCCUACCAAGCGCAGCCCACCAGCUACGACUAUGACGCCCCACUGAGCGAGGCAGGGGAUCUCACUGAGAAGUAUUUUGCUCUGCGAGACGUUAUUCGGAAGGUGCCCCAGGGAGUCCUGGAUCGAAGUGAGGUGAUCACUCUGAACAUCACCGGGAAAGCUGGAGCCUCUCUGGACCUUCUGGUGGAGAACAUGGGACGUGUGAACUAUGGCAGAGAUAUCAAUGAUUUUAAGGGUCUUAUUUCUAAUCUGACCCUUGGUUCCAAUAUCCUCACGGACUGGAUGAUCUUCCCACUGGACACUGAGGAUGCGGUGCGCAGACACCUGGGAGACUGGCAUGGCUGUAACAAUGGACGCCAUGAUAAAGCCUUGGCCCACAGCUCGUCUAACUACACGCUGCCGGCCUUUUAUACGGGGAACUUCUCUAUUCCCAGUGGGAUCCCAGACUUGCCCCAGGACACCUUUAUCCAAUUUCCUGGAUGGACCAAGCUUAUGUCUUUUUCUAACCAGUAUUUUGGGUUUGUGCUGUACCGAACAACGCUUCCUCAAGACUGCAGUGACCCCACACCCCUGUCGUCACCCCUCAGUGGAGUCCACGACCGGGCCUACGUCGCCGUGGAUGGGGUGCCCCAGGGAGUCCUGGAUCGAAGUGAGGUGAUCACUCUGAACAUCACCGGGAAAGCUGGAGCCUCUCUGGACCUUCUGGUGGAGAACAUGGGACGUGUGAACUAUGGCAGAGAUAUCAAUGAUUUUAAGGGUCUUAUUUCUAAUCUGACCCUUGGUUCCAAUAUCCUCACGGACUGGAUGAUCUUCCCACUGGACACUGAGGAUGCGGUGCGCAGACACCUGGGAGACUGGCAUGGCUGUAACAAUGGACGCCAUGAUAAAGCCUUGGCCCACAGCUCGUCUAACUACACGCUGCCGGCCUUUUAUACGGGGAACUUCUCUAUUCCCAGUGGGAUCCCAGACUUGCCCCAGGACACCUUUAUCCAAUUUCCUGGAUGGACCAAGGGUCAGGUAUGGAUUAAUGGCUUUAACCUGGGGCGAUACUGGCCAGCGCGGGGCCCCCAGAUGACUCUGUUUGUGCCACGGCACAUCCUGGUGACCUCGGCCCCAAACACCAUCAUGGUGCUGGAACUGGAGCGCGCGCCCUGUGGCGACAACGGCCCGGAGCUGUGCACUGUGGAGUUUGUGGACAGGCCAGUUAUCAGUGCCACCCCGACCCCCAGUCAUCCCCCUCUAGACCUGCCUUAUCAACACUGGGGACUGGACUAUGUCUGAUAGCUAACCACUGUGACCCUUUGGAGUUUCUUCGGCCUUACACAUACCUCACAUACCCCCGGGUAAUGCCAACAUUCACUGGAAAGUUCGACUGGAAAAUAGAUCUAGCAUGUGCAUUUUCUCCAGAGGUUUCCGGGCAGCCUCGUGGUGCCCAGCCCUCCACCGGCAGGGACCACCGUGAAUGCAUGAUGAGCGUGGUGGCACAGGAAGGCACGAUGCAUCUGCCCGGUUGGAAUGAAAGCUUUAAAGGUGUUCCUGAUUUUUAUUUCAGUGGAAUCAUGUUAUCUUUUUGUGAAAUAAAAUUUGUAUUCAAGUGA